CCGGUACACCUAUAAUACACUUAUCAUUAUCUCUCUAAUUAUUGUGCUGAGUAUAAAUAAUCUGGCUCUGUAGGUACUACUGCUAGUGCUACUUGUCUGGGUAUAUGUAUGCACAUGUCAUCUUUCUAGCUGUUUGUUUGUGUACUGAUCCUUAUAGCGCUUAGUUAAACGUUUGUUUACGCUAGUAUAGUUGCUAAGUUGCUUGUAUUAUUCCUGAGCAGUAUAAUUGCACUACACCCUGUUGCAUUUUGAGUCGAGUUCAUUGGUACAUCACGCUCAACUCAGCAGAUGAUUUGGGAUUGAUCGAUCUUACGGUUGUUGGCUGAUAGCUCUGAUAAGAAGUAAGGAGGCAGCUGCUAUCUUGCUAUGGGAAUAUACCUCUCAACCUUUGUGGGGCAUAUUUCCAGACUAUUCAGUUCGGACAAAGCUGCCAGUAUUAUUAUUGUGGGCCUCGCUAACGCAGGUAAGUCUAGUUUGGUGAGGAUUCUGAAAGAUGAGGACGGGGAGGAGGUUCUCACUGCACCCACUAUUGGUCACGUGGUAGAAACUAUCAACUACAAGAAUAUUGUAAAUCUCCACAUCUGGGACCUGGGUGGACAGGAUAAACUGCGGAUAUUGUGGCAACGGUACUUUCUUACAGCAGAGGCGGUCAUAUUCGUUGUGGACAGCUCCGAAACUGACAGGUUCACAGAAGCGCUUGGCGAGUUAGAAGCAGUGUUAAAAGCUGAAGAGCUAAGAAUUGUCCCCAUCUUAGUAUUAGCCAACAAACAAGACAUGGUGACAGUUGGAACGCAGGACCUUGUCGAGAUGUUUGAUCUGUCCCAUAUUUCUGAUAGACCUUUUAAGGUGUUCAAAUGCUCCAUAAAAAACAACGAAGGAAUAGAGGAGGCCAUGAAGUGGCUGCUACGGUCUUUAUAGCAAGUAUCCUGAUAGAAGUUAACUGAACACAGUUACCAACUUCAGUUACCACAGUUACCACCAACUUCACACUGCGAUAAUCACCUUCACUUCCAGUCUUGCCUCAUCUUUUGCUGAAAUCCAGAACUGUGAGCAGGAUGUUGUUUGGCGUUUUAAUCAGAAUUUUAGUGAUAUAAGUUGUUACUUGACUUUUGAUAUUAGUAUGUUGUCGACAUUUUGAACAUGUUCGAUCGGAACAUAUUAGUUUUUGUUUGUUAAUAAAGUCGCUGAUAUUUAGUAAAGGUUCUGAAUAUUUUUUAAUGGGUUUUCACGUUUUUAUUUGUUACGUGAGUUUUUAUAACGUUAAUGAAAUUUCAGAAUUUAAACAGAACAUUUUUGAAGACGUUUCAGAUA